UGUCUUCUUCCUCCGCUGGGGCGACACCCUUUUUUAUUACCCCUUCAAAAUUCAAACGCUAAGCAUCUUCUUCUUCUUCUUCUUCUUCCUCCUCCUCCUGUCGCGCCGCUGCACUCACAAUGCCACCAUCUCCUCCGCCUCUUCUUCUUCCUUUUCUCCUCCACCUCCUCCUCCAUUUCCUCGCCUCAGCCUCCCAUCCCAUCUCGCUCCCACUCCGCCGAACAUCACUCCCGCCCCACCCCGACCCCCGCCACCGACUGGCCGCACUCGCCUCUGCCUCCUACCUCCGCGCCUCCCUCCUCAAGAACCCUAUCCGUCACUCCUCCCCUCCCCCCGCUACCUCUCCCCUGUUCCCCCACUCCUACGGCGGCUACUCCUUCGGCCUCACCUUCGGCACGCCGCCACAGGAGCUCCAGCUCCUCCUCGAUACCGGCAGCCACAUCACCUGGGUCCCCUGCACCCCCUCAUACCAGUGCCGCAGCUGCGCCUCCCCCUCCGGCAACACCAUCAUCGUUUUCCUCCCUCGGUCCUCCUCCUCCGUUGCUCCCGUCGGAUGCCGAAAUCCCCGCUGCCUCUGGAUCCACUCCGCCGAUUUCCUCCGUUCCCGUUGCCCCUCCUGCAACAACGCUACCUCCGAUUGUCCUGCCUCGGCGUGUCCCCCUUACUCCCUAAUCUAUGGGUCCGGCUCCACCGCCGGCCUCUUCGUGCUGGAGACGAUGAGCUUUUCAAAUCUUACUUUCCCCAAUUUCACCGUCGGAUGUUCUAUUAUCUCCGAACGGCAACCUUCCGGAGGCAUUGCCGGAUUCGGACGCAGCGCCCCCUCCCUCCCCUCCCAGAUUGGCCUGAAGCGGUUCUCCUACUGCCUCAUCUCCCGCCGCUACGACGAUGACGCCUCCGAGAGUGGCUCCCUCGUGCUCGACCCACCUAAAGAGGACUCCUCCGACGGCCUGAGCUCUACGCCCUUCCUCAACAAUUCGGCCGCUGGUGCCGUCGAAGGCUCUCCCUUCUCCGUCUACUACUACGUCGGGCUGCGCGAGAUCGCCGUCGGAGGCGAGCAAGUAAAAAUCCCCUACUCCGCCCUCGUCCCAGGCCCCACCGGCGAAGGCGGCGUCAUCGUAGAUUCCGGCACCACCUUCACCUACAUGGCCCCCCACGUCUUCAAUCCAGUGCUGGCCGCAUUCGUCGACCGCGUGGCGGGACGCUACAACCGAUCGAAGGCCUUGGAAGACCAGACGGGCCUGCGUCCGUGCUUCGCUCUUCCGCCGCACGCGACUGACGUGGAGCUGCCGGAGCUAACGUUCCGCUUCAAGGGCGGGGCCGAGAUGCGACUGCCGCUGAAGAACUACUUCGCAUUCGUGAACCACGACGACGCGGGGGUGUGCCUCACCAUCAUAUCCGACGGCAACGACGUCGGCACCUCGAACCCCGGCGACGGCCCGGCGGUGAUACUGGGCAGUUUCCAGCAGCAAGACUACCUGAUGGUGUACGACUUGGAGCGAGGACGGUUGGGAUUCCGGCGGCAGUCCUGCCUAACCAAUUAAAACUCAUCCCCAGUUAAUUAACCGGCUGCAUGUUUGAUUGAUUUAUACUGAUCCUGAGGUGACGGACCUCGCAUUGCUUUAGGACAGUAGAAGGAAUCCAAUUCAAUCGAACGAUGAAUGAACACUCAUAAGAAACCUGUUCCAGACGGUAGAAAACUUGCUUUAAUAAAUGAGAAAAAUGCCUGACUCUGUUUUUUUU